GCCAGUAGCCGUUUGCUCUUGCGGCAAUUUGGCGGCCGCUAAGAAACGGCCGAGUCCGACAAAAUUGUCCGCACAUUUUACUUCGCACAGCCCGGCGUAUUUCACCAGGAAAUGAAUCGUUUGGAAUCAAAGAAACAUAGUCCAGCUCAAGUGUUUGCUCAGUUUACUUCUGCGAGUGAAAGUGAAGGCAUACCCGGUGCCAAAACCAGUUGUAAACACGAAGGAGAGUACGCAUCUGACAACAGACGAGAGAUACAGAUCACAGAAAGCGGAGAAGUUAGUCUACCUCCUGACAAAGCUAGAGUGUCAAUAGUCUGCUCCAACGCAAAAGUAAGUGAUCAGUAUUUUACAAUGGCAACAGUGAACUGCUGUUGCAUGUACAUCUAAUAAUAGAAGUACAGUACUGCAAUGAAAUAUGCACGACAACGUAGACAAAUGUAACCUGGUAACGUAAAAAGCGUUGAAGGGAAGUUUGUGAUGCAUCUUAGCCACCAACAUCUCAAAUAUGUUUAACACUUAAGAAUAAAGGUAUGCGAAUAUGUUUAUAGAAAUUACUAGUUUUUUGCCUGAUCUUUUUGCCUAGUAAAUACAGGUUAUGCAUUGGUUUUUUUUUUGGUCUGCGACUGGAGAAACAUGUGAAAUGAUCACCCCAGGCGACUGAAGGAGCUACAGUAGACACCGGCUAAUAAGAAUCUGUGGUUUGAGAACCUGCUGGCAGAAAUUUGGCACUUUAAUACCCAAAAUUUAAGAACCUGUUUAGCCAAGCAAAAUCAAGCAGGUUCUUACGUGUGGUUAACGGGUAAAUUAAGAUAAACAUUUUAACCAAGGAGUUUGACGUCGAGAUUGCCAAUUAAUAUUACGAGAAGAUACUGCACUAAACUGCAAAUAAUAAUAGAAGUAUUAGAGACCUUUAGGGGGUGUUCACAUGACCCCGUGGCGACUUUCGCAUCAGCACAAUUCACCCUGGUUGUUGUACCAGAGCGAAAAUUUUGCUCCGAUGUGAAAUGGUAUCAUGUAAACACAAAAUGACCACCAGUUUCAGUGUGAAAUCAGUCUGCCGGUGGACUGGAACAGGUAGCACAUGCAGGUGUAACGUGUGCGAUUUUGAAUGGCACACGUGUGUAUUUUAUCAACAUGAAGUGAACCUUCAAAUAACCAAAUAUGAAAUAACCCAUCAUCAUGUAAACAUGAUACAAAAUCAAAAAGUCAUUCCAGUAUGAAACUCGUGCCCGUACGAGUUUUCUCUAAGUAGUGCUCACGCAUGAACCAGUGUCAUUUUGGCGAGAAAACAUGAUAACCGUCAUCAUUCUACUACAAGUCUUAGCAAGAAUAUCACAGUGGUUGAAACAAGUUAUCUAAUGUUAGAAAUUUCAGCAUUUUGUGGUCGGGGAAGGCCUAACCUUCUUCAAUAGAGAUAACGGUGCUAAUUUUUGUGGUGAAUCAAAAGUACAAUGAAGCUUUCCGGGGUGUCUAUUUUGGAGAAUGUAUGAAAAAUCUUAAAGUCAAAUCUCCUACUCGUAGUCAUUGACUCGCCUUCCAAUCUAAAGGUCUCUAUUACUGUAAUUCUUACAAUGACAAAAGGUUAAUAAAAUGUACUGAUUGUAAUUUCUUCUUGGACGUUGCAUAAAGGAGGUUUUCAAUGUACAGUUGUGAAUGAAUAAUGUAUAUUUAAGGACCAACCUCAAGUUUCUCGAUUGGUAGUAAACAACUAUAUCUCCUUCGUAGAAAUCAAGAACCUAAUUUAAGAAUAGCCUAAAUUGCCAAUAACUACAAUGUACCCCCAAAUAAAAGAACCUUUUUUCCAGACCUUAAAAAAAUGCAGGUUCUUAUUAGUGGUUGUUUACUGUAUAUUCAUGGUGAGGUCAACAUGUUCUGGUCAAAGCUGAGCUGAAAGUAGCUGGGUGGAGGAGGUGGGGAUAACUUAAGUUAGUUUUUGCUGGGCAUGUGCCACUGACCUCUCUGAAGCCCUAUCCUAUUAUAGUCUAUUCUGUGGCCAAUUAUACAGUGGUCACUCUAGAAAUUGUCCAAAGCGGGACAGUUGUCCCCUUGCUUAAAAAACUGGGGACAUCAGACUAUUGGGAGGAGACAUUUUGUAAAAUUUACGGACAAUUUGGAAUCAACUUUAACACCAUUUUCUGCAGGCUUUAUUCAUAUCAAAGCUUAGCUCUUUAUUAUUCCCAUCAACUUAGCUGCAACUCAACUCCGCCAUGUACUUGUAUGCCAGGGUUUUGCUUUGUACUUCGUCGGUGAUUGCUUCUUUGUGAUCUCUGCUUUCAGCAUGCCUUUUAAAUGUCGAUGCUCUGAGAUUGCUGGUCCCCUCGGUCAUGGAAUUCUUUAUGUUGUGCUUUACCAGGUUCUGUGGAACAUUUUCCCUCCUUGUUCAUAAAGCGAAGCAAGUCGUGUUUGCCAAUCAGUGAGUGUUUCAGCUUGAGGUUUGACUCUUGCCUUCUUUGUUCUUGGUUCGCCUGAUUCGCUUCGUUCUUGCCGCUGUCUUACUCUUUAUCGCUCUCUGUGGCUUCUGGAAUAUUUGCUGGCUUAUCAGCUUGUCCAUCAUCGACAUCUUUCAAAGAAGCUGUUGAAUAAUUAAAUAUCAUGAAGCGCAACCUGCUUUGUUUCAAUUUUGUCGCCAUGUUGAAAGCAUGACGAUUGACUAUCAUGAGGCAAUAUGUCUAGAUCCCAGACUCUGUGCGAUGAAAUUUUUUGUUUUCAUUUUUGUUAUUUUACAAAAUCAUUCCUUCACAAAAAAGGGUCACACUGACCCUGGAAAACAAUUGCAUCAGUAGUUUGUGAAAACGUGCAAAUGGCACAAAAACGUGCCCUGAACACUGAUUAUAGACGGGCCCCAUCUUAGUCACUUUUGCGAAGAUGUAAUUUUCACAAUACCAACUUAGUAACUGUCUGUUUACACAUAUACCUUAUAAAGGCAUUGAACUAGGUCAUCCUAAAAUGAAUUGACACGUUACUAAGCUUAAUAUAGUAAAAAUCUUCCCAUUUUUAAAUCCCUUCCUACGGUAUCUGAAUUUUCUGACCUCCAAUAUCCAGGAAGUGGAUGACCCCACUCCAGUAACUGUAUUGAAAAAGCAACCCUAUGACAGGUCAGCUGUAUAGUCAAUCCAGUUGUGAAAAUGCAACCCCAUACAGCAAAGAAAUAUAUCAAUUGGCCGAGAGUGAAAAAAACUAAGCCAUUUUUGAAAGGCAACCAAUAUAAAACAAACUUGUGUCAUGUUAAUUGCACCACAUGUAUUAAAGGUGUAGACAGGGUCUAAUUCAAUACAUGUUUUUAUGCAGGAGUCUGUUGAGGAGGUGAAAACCAGCGUGAAUCGUCGUGUGGACUAUGUGCUACAGACACUGAAAUCUUAUCACAUCAAGGAUUUUACCAUUCAUAAAUCUCUGCAAAGAGUUGAAAAACUUUAUCAGAUGGAAGUUGAAGUUGUCGUGGAAUUUAGUGACUUUUCCAAGUGUGAACAAGUUUGUAACCUUCUGGUAGAAAAACUUGACGAGACAGUUAAAGUAUCGCGUCCUUUUUUAUAUCAUACACCAAGCAAGCUUGAUUCAUUAAGGUAUGGAUGGUUUAGACAGUAUUUAUACAGGGGUCAAUAUUCAUUUUUUCUUAGAGUUGCCAGCUGGGCAAGUAAGCCUGAUGGCAUACCGUACUUGCCUGGUUAUUUGCCAUGGGUUGCCUGGACGAAAGUGCAGAAUUAUAUAAAAGAGCAGUGAAAAAAUUGUGUGCAACUUGAACAUUUCAUUUUCUAUUACUACAGCACUUUAUUUCUGUUAUAGUUACUAAGAAAAGGUUUUAACUAAAACUAUUUAGUACAACAGGCUACAGGCGUAGGCCAACACGGUUUAUUUGCAUUUUACAAGUAGCCACGGUUGGUCAGUUUGCCGUGAAGGCAAGACGUACUCUGCGCUUACUUUUUCCCCAGUAUAAUGCAGCGGCUCCUGCGUCGCCUUUUUUUUCCGUUAAGGCAGCGAAACGUAUUCUAUAAAACAUCACAUCUUGAUGUGUAUGAAGCCCUGGCUUCUGCUUCACCUUUUUUAACCGCCAAAGGCGACAAAAUACCUUCUAAAAAACACCUCAUCUUGAUGAGUGCUGUCACGUUUUCUUUGAAUACCCUCCUAAUGCGGUACUUCAUAAAAACUGAGCCUUCAAUCAUUUUGUAGAAAGUGCUGCACCAUCAAAGAUGGUGCCCAGACAAAAGCUGCUUGUUAUUCUCCAUUAUUCUAAAAGUUUUCAGUUGAGAAGAAGUAAUUGGAACACAGGGAAAAUGUAUAAAAUCAUGUAAGAAUUUUUGAAGAGAUUUUGUGGUUGAGCAAAACCUCAAAAAUUGUCCUAAGGGCUACUUUUGAAGUUAUCUUAAUUGUCCGUACGGGAUUACAGUAGUCGUCUGGAAUGACUGGACGACUGGGAAUAUGGAUCCCUGAUAGUACUUAAUUAUUGGUAAGGGAAAAAUGAUUAAGAGUGAGUUGACACUUUUUUUGGUCUAUUCCAGGUAUUCAGAUAGAAGUGGUUAGUGGUGCAAAAAAAAAUUUAGUUUGGAGAGGAUGAAAGGGGAAAGAAAUUAAGGGAGAUGGAGAUUUGGGGGAAUGCCUGUGGGAUUUGUUUUCAAAAACUAUUCCAACCACUUAGCCGGCUAGUAAUCUAAAAUACUUUUUGGCUUUUUUGCUCUGGAAAGUUGUUAAUCAAGCAAUGGGUGAUAGACCUCACAAUACUGUUAACUGGACACUACUGAUUUUCAGUUAGAUCAUAGUUUAGGUAGCUUGUUCAAAAAAGAACUAGAGAAGAACUCUUUGAACUAACUCCGUUUUAAUCAAAACUGAAGCAAAGAAAACACACAAAACCAGAUAAAAGCAUUGUCUGAGGGUUCCUUUUCCAUGGUGGAGAUGAUGUAAGCACAUGAAAGCAUGUGGCCCAGAAGUGAAAAAUGAAAAUUAACUAUUUACAGCAAUUUAUCAUUACAAUAAUCCAGUGAAAGUUUCUUUGCCUCUGUAUUUUAUGAAAUUAAUCUGCUAAAAAUUAAUGCUCUCGUGCUCAUGCAAGGUUCUCAUUAAGUGCAAGCAGCCCGCCGGCUAAAUUAACUGCCUACUUGGAUGUUUGAGCUGUCUACUUUGUGAGGAAAUAGGGUUAAGGGAGAGAUUGAAAGCCUGAAACUGCCUACAGCACUCAGCUACCAAGCUGCCUACUUAAUUUACAUCCUAGCUGUGUAUUUUAAAACUUAAUGAGAACCCUGCUCAUGUGUUAUGGGUUAAUAUUAUGGUUAAGUUUAAUAAUAUAAUUAUGCCAUAUAAGGUUUAGAGAAAUCAUUGAGCAGAAGUCCAUAAUUAGAAAGUCAUUCAGACUUCAGCACUGUGAACUUGUUUGGAAAUUUCGAAAAAAAUUGCUCUGAGCAGAACAAGCCUGCAAUUUGAAUUUUCAGAUGCAGCCACCUUAAGUGUCAUGGUGCUAAUCAAGAAUGUUGGGGCAUGUGGCACAUACAAUUUAAAGUUCUCUUCCCUUUAAUUAUGAUUGGUUUAUGGUUGUUGUUUUCAGGCGACAAGCAUGUGUUUGUGCUGUGAGAAAUGCAAAGAACAAAGCACUUGAAGUUGUUCAAAUGUUUAACCAGUCCUUGGGACCUCCUAUUUUAAUACGAGAAGAACAUUAUGGUGAAUCUGUCAGGACAAGCACAGAACAUGCAGAUAAGACAGAGGAUCAACUAACUUUUCAGCAGAAGGUUGCUGCAGGAACAGUAACAGUCAAUGUCAGAAUCUUUGUUAUAUUUGAGAUCAAAGAGAAAGCAAGGGCUCAUAAACGAAAGUAGACUUUAUUAUUUUAUUAGCACAAC